AUGGGCAUUCUCCGCUCUUUGGGCAGUGGCAGUGGGGCCUUCGAAGGCAGCGAUCUCGAAGGCUGCGGUGCAGGCCCAGCCACUUGCACAGCAGCCGUUCAAUCGGCCGCGUGGCCAUUCAGGCAACCAGCACGGCCCGCACGGCUGGUACGAGAAAUCCAAGAACAUUCUUUGAAGCUUGACGCAGUCCGCUUGCGCCCGCUCCGCCAGCAGAUGGCAUCUUUCCUCAAGGUGCCCACAAGUUUCGAGGAUGACGAGGAUGAUGCCAGCAAGGCUGAAGACGAUGAGAUCCCACGGCCUCCGGACAGCCCGUUGAACAACCUGGCAAAGUUCCGGAGCAAACACGCUCGGACACAGGAUGGCUACCUCUGUGCUGCUGCCGGUGUGAAGGACGAGCAGGCCUUCACAGGGUGCACAGACCUCCCGGCACCGGAUGGGACAAACAUUGGGAGGAAAUGGUGUUACAUCGAACCAGCUCAAGUCGAAACGGCAGGCAAAGAGUGGGGCUGGUGCCGUGCCGCACUCUUGGUGCCUCACCGGGCGAGCGGGCGAGGCUCGGCGCGAUGCCCUGCAACCGAGGCAUGGACGGGCUGGCCAGACAUCGUCGACGGGGAUGGCCAAUUGGACGAGGACGGCCAGAAAUACCUGAACUCCCACAACUACAGCUUGAAAAGCCUUCUUCAUGGCACAAAGCCGAAGCAGAGCUGGGAGUUUGGAAGUAACGUAGCGCGGGCAUGUGACUGCACCAUCGCAGUGGUUGCGACCUUUGCUGUGUCGAUGGGAGCAUUUCUGCUGCCAUGGGCAUUGGCAAUUUUAUGCGUAUUGACAGCUGGAUAUAUCAUCGGCAAGCUAGCGUGCUCCAUGUUCAUUCUCGUGCUCAGUGUCCUUGUGGGCAAAAUCCACAAGAAUCAGCAUGAGCGAGCGGUCGUCUUCUGGAGUUGGUUCCCGUGUUGGAAGUUUCUAUUGUGCUGCGUUGGAUGCCUCGCCGGGGCGCUUACCGGACACCAGCUCUGGCAGAACUACUGGCAGCAGUACAGCGACAUUUCGCUUCUCAAGGCUUAUCAUGGCAUAGAUCCGUCUGUGGUUCCGGGAAGUCAGAUUCAAGAUUCUGGCGCGGUGGACUUUGUCUCUGCCAGUGUCGAUUCUGAACACGGCGGAUGCUUCAUGAAUGCUGGCACGACCUACUGCGUGGCACCGAUAGUCGCAAACGGCACGAUCCAUCACAGUGUUGGAGGGGCGCCGCGGUAUGGAAGCUUCGAUUACUUUGCUGUGGGUGUUGACUGUUGUUCGUGUCCGAACAUAAACUUCCGAUGUGGUGCCUGGAGGCAUCCUUGGGCAGAGGGCGGAAUCCGUUCAACAGACUUGGAAGCCAGACCGUUCUUCCGACUGGCUGUGGAUGAAUGGGCCAGCACAUACCGCAAGACCUCCAAUCACCCUCUUUUUUUCGAGUGGGUUGAGUCGCCGGUUGCGCACUGGAAGAGCCUGCGUCGUCAAUUCCUCCACCGGCUUUUGCUGGCACUGGUGUGCUGCAUCGGCAUCGUCAUGGCCUUUACUCUGACGCUUGCGCGACUGCUGCAGGCCCUCGUGGUCCAUGGCUUCGCCUCACCCCUCAACGUGCCAGCACCGCCAGACGGCUUCGAGACUGCCUGGGCACGCUUCCUGCCAGAAAUGCUUGAAAGCUACAAGGAGAGUCAGUUGCAGCAGAAUGCUCCAUCUUUUGCAGAAAGCCCUGAGAGCUACUAUGGAGCUGUUGACACCUCGUCUACAAGCUCUGCCUGA